AUGAUGUUGGCCGCCUUCGUUUCCCUCCUCCUAUCUCUGGCAGUGCUCGCUGUUCAAGCUUCGAUAACAACAACAGCAGCAGCAGCAUCAUCGCCUCCUCGCAUUUUGCUCUACACGAAGACCGCCGGUUUCAGACACGAGUCGAUCCCAAUCGCCAUCCGCACCAUUGCAGCACUCGGAAACGGCUCACUUGCUCUGCCUUCCUCGGCCGUUGACCCUUCCAUUUCCGCGCUCCGCUGGUCUACGGUCAACACCGAAGAUGAGACUCGAUUUCACAACCUCACCUUCUUAUCCGAAUUUGACGCCAUUGGCUUCGUCAGCACUACCGACCAGGAUCCUCCUCUCACAGGCACCGUCCUCGAUGACCGGGGCAUGCGCAACUUUGCUCGCUACAUCGAGCAAGGAGGCAACUACUUUGGUAUUCACUCCGCAUCUGCCACGCUUUUCGGCGCUCCUUUCUAUGGUCGGUUGGUUGGCGCCUACUUUGACUACCAUCCACAGAUCCAGAAUGUCUCGGUUAGAGCGGUCGAUGCUUCACAUCCUUCCACAUCAAAAUGGCCAACAGAUGGGCUGCGCAUUUACGAAGAGGUCUACAACUUCCGCUCAGAUCCCAGAAAUCUACCCUCGCCUGCCCAUGUGCUCGUGACCAAUGCUUCCACCUACCAGGAUCCAGGCGUUAAUCAGCAGGGUUUCCGGAACGGCACCAACGGCCCUGCGCCUCAUCCGCUCGCCUGGUGGAGACAAGGUGGUCUACUCGACAGCAACUCCUCCACCGAUGCAAGUGUAAGCGGAACGGGAGGAGCCAACAUCCAGGCAUCAGGAGGGCCAGGCAGGGCAUGGUACACUAGCUUGGGGCAUGAUAUUUCCACUUGGCAACUUGAUCUCUUCCGUGGUCAUGUUGCUGGUGGAAUCGGCUGGGUUCUUGAAUCGUCUACCUCGACAUCCACGCCGAACAGCACCGCCACGGGAGCUAACAGCACAUCGAGCAACACCCCAGCUCCGCACACAGAUAGCAGCGAUGCCCAGCAUCUUGUGGCCUGCCGUCUGCCCAUGCUGGCUGCCACCGCGCUCCUUAUUAGCGUGUUGUCGCGCUUUUUUGUAUUUGUAGCAUAG